AUGACGGAGUAUAAACUAGUAGUAGUAGGCGCUGGGGGUGUCGGCAAGUCGGCGCUUACCAUACAACUUAUUCAGAACCAUUUCGUGGAUGAGUACGAUCCAACAAUUGAAGAUUCCUACCGGAAGCAAGUAGUUAUAGAUGGUGAAACGUGUUUGCUCGAUAUUCUGGAUACAGCCGGACAGGAGGAGUACUCGGCGAUGCGUGAUCAGUAUAUGCGAACGGGUGAAGGAUUUCUUUUAGUAUUUGCUGUUAACAGUGCCAAAAGUUUCGAAGAUAUAGGAACCUACCGAGAACAGAUUAAGCGUGUUAAAGACGCAGAAGAAGUGCCAAUGGUGUUAGUUGGCAACAAGUGCGAUCUGCAAGCAUGGGCAGUUGAUAUGAACCAGGCCAGAGACGUGGCGAAACAGUACGGUGUUCCUUUUGUAGAAACUUCGGCCAAAACACGGAUGGGCGUGGACGAUGCAUUCUAUACGCUAGUGCGUGAAAUUCGCAAAGACAAAGAGAGGGGGAAGAAGAACCGAAAGCACCACAAACUGGUGUCUAGCAGACGAUUCAAGUGCCAGUUGCUAUAA